GGAGCCCCGCCCCCUCAUGAAUAUGUAGAUAGAGAUGCCCGCCGCGCACUGCCCCGCCCUCUACUCUUCUCCCUCGCAACGGACUCUCCCCUCAAACGGGAAACAAGAUGGCGGCAGCAGGUCCGAGUACUCGGGCCUCUUCUGCGGCGGCAGCGGCGGCUCUCAGUCGGCGGGGCCGGCGGGGCCGCUGUGACGAGAUGGCGGCUGCCAAGACUGGGGCCCCGGGCCCGGCCUCUGGCCCCGCGCUGCUGGUGUUGCCGCCGCCGUUGCUGCAGCCGCCGCCACCGCCGCGGCCGGAGGAGUCGGGCUGCGCCGGGUGCCUGGAGACCCCGGGGGAAGCGGCGGCCCUGCCGUGCGGCCACUCGCUGUGCCGAGGCUGCGCCCAGCGCGCCGCCGACGCCGCGGGCCCAGGUUGCCAGCGCUGCCGCGCCCGCGGCCCGGCUUGGGCCCGCCGUCGGGCCCGCGACGACGGCCAGGCCGACGCGGAGGUGCCGGGCGAGCGCGCCCGCCGCGGCCAGCCCGAGCGCUGCCGCCCGCGCCGGGACGGGGGCGCGGCCGCCGCGGGGCCCAGGCCGGAGCCGGAGCCGCGCGCAGCGCCCGCCGAGCCAGAGUUUAUAUUCAGAGCACCAAUCAAAUUAAGCAAGCCUGGGGAACUUCGUGAGGAAUAUGAAAGCCUGAGAAAGCUGAGAGAAGAAAAGUUGCAAGAGGAGAAAACUUCUGAAGAUCAAAUCCACAAGCUGUCACCAGAGGAUACAGAAACAGGGAAAAGGAAAAUGGAUGAACAGAAAAAAAGAGAUGAGCCAUUAGUACCGAAAACAAAUCUAGAGCUUUGUCCUGCACGUCUCUCAGAUUCAGAGAAUGAAGAACCUUCACGAGGCAAGAUGACACAGACACAUCGCUCGGCAUUUGUUUCCAAGAACAACUCCUACUCCUUAGCUUUCUUGGCAGGGAACCUGAAUUCCAAGGUGGAAAGGAGUCAAAGCUGCAGUGACACUGCUCAGGACAGAGCGAAGAGCAGACUCAGAGCAGCCCCAACCAGCAAAGCCAAAGUCACAACUAUGACCCCUGCCUCCAACCCCAUCAUUGGUGUUCUCUUGUCCACUCAAAACAACCGCUGCCUCUCAGCCCCUGAUUUGACCAUCGAAAAGCGUCUACCCUUCAGCUCCCUCCCAUCCUUGGCUUCCCUGCAUAAGCCAGAGCGCUCCAUCAGCCCUGAGAGCAAUGACAGCAUCUCUGAAGAACUAAACCAUUUCAAGCCCAUUGUCUGCUCACCAUGUACUCCUCCCAAGAGACUCCCUGACGGCCGCGUGCUAAGUCCCCUCAUCAUCAAAUCAACUCCCCGCAACCUAAACAGAAGCCUGCAGAAGCAGACUUCUUAUGAGGCCAGUCCACGGAUCCUCAAAAAGUGGGAACAGAUCUUUCAGGAGCGGCAAAUCAAAAAGACCCUUUCAAAAGCCACCCUCACCUCCCUGGCUCCAGAAACGGGGGAAGACUUCCCAGUCUCUGAGGUUAUCCAUUCUAACAAAGAGAAGCCACUUCCGGCUUUAAAUACAAGACUGUCCAGUGGGCAAGUACUCUCUGAGUAUACUGGGCCCAACCCCACUGACCUUGAUUAUUUCCCCUCUGUUAGCCAAACAAAAACAGAACAGGGCAGUGAUAGUAAAAGGAGCACUGAGAUCUCAUUGGAAACCUGCUCUUCUUCAGAACUCAAAGUGGGAGCCAGUGGGACAUCUUUGGAGAGAGAGCAGUUUGAAGGGUCAGGGUCAACCCCAAAUGCCAAGUUAGAAAAAACCUGUGUAAGUACAGCCAUGAAGAUCUCAACAGUUAAUUCAGUGCUGCCCAAAAACAGUGUUUUGGGUGGGGUCCUCAAAACAAAGAAACAGCUGAAGACAGUGAAUCAUUUUGAUCUGCCUAACGGUGUUCUGGCAGACAACCUAGGUGAGGAGUCACUCCCUUCCUUGCGUCGGGGCCGGAAAAGACACUGUAAGACUAAGCACUUGGAACAAAAUGGCUCCCUUAAGAAACUGCGACAAAGCAGUGGUGAGCUGGGUCUGGCCCCGACAGAUCCGGCACUGCGAGAGAUGGAGCAGAAACUGCAGCAAGAGGAAGAGGACCGACAGCUGGCUCUGCAGUUGCAACGCAUGUUUGACAAUGAGAGGCGGACUGUGAGUCGGCGGAAAGGAAGCGUGGAUCAGUAUCUCUUACGGUCCAGCAACGUGGCUGGAGCCAAGUAGCACCUAAUGAACAGUGUUCCUAUUUUUAAGAAGUCUUUGGGCUUGAUCAUUUAUUCUGAAGAGCUGAGUGUUCUCACUUUGGGUUUCUUUUAAUGGCAAAACACUGUCUGAUAUGGUUCUGAAAGGUUCCAGGGCCUUUGCAGUCCAUAUCUAAGGGAACCGUGUCUCUGCCUCCCUGUGACCCGCACCAGAAGCACUCCUCACCCCUCAAGUGACCCACCCCUGAGGGCUUCUGGGCCAAAUCUGGCAGCACCCACUUGGAAUGAGAUUCAGGAGCACAAUCGCCAGAGUUAGAAAUGGUAGAGGAAAGAGGGGAUACCUUCUCAAACCGACAGACCUCCUGACUUCUUUCAACAGGGUGUGGUUUUAAAUCAGUCUUGCAGAUAAAAAUUAGUUCCAUCUUUUUCAAAAGUCGAACAGUGUAGUUCUUUGGCAGAUCUAAGAAGAUUAUGUUCCCCUGUCUCCUUACCCUUACCACAAGUAAAUAUACCUAAUGAAAUCAGUUGAGUUUAUGCUUCUACGAAAGUUAAUUUAGAGUCCCUGUUUAAAAAAUAUUUGAUUAAUGCUAUAUAGUUGACAUGUGCAGUCAUUGUUUAAUUUGGUCUUCCCAGGAGACCUAACAUGUAAGUGGUAUUAGCUCCAUUUUUAGAUAGUGAGACUGCCAUGCAGAUGCUCAAGUUCUCUCAACUACUAAGUGGCAUAGCCCAGACUGACUGCUGGGUCUCCCAACAACAAAUCCCAUGGAUUUUCCACACAAACAGGCUGCCAUAAUGGGCUGCAACCCAAGGGCAUGCCAGGGGAGCCUAGGGAAAGGUGGCUGGGCAUUGCAUACUGAUCAUGCAGAUAAUAGAUACUAACUAGAAGUAUAAAGAUAGACUGUGCAGUUAUGCCCGCCCCCACAGUUGAUAGCCUUCUGUUUUCCUGGAGGGUUCCACUCUGUGAGAUAAAUUACAAUUGGACUUCAUUAUUACUGUCCACAUGGCCAAGGGUUAUCUGCAAUGUUGAUCUAAAAUCAAAAAAAUUUGCCCAGAAGUCAGGCAAGAACAAUGCUGAAACUCCAUACUAUGGAAACAAGGUAUCUAGCUGGAUGCAGCUGGUAAAUUCAGUCCCAUGGACCUUUGGGGUUUAUUUUCCUUAGCAGCUGACACCAUGUGUCUUUUGCAUCCCUGGUGGUGCUUGGUGCUUCUGCCCAUCUGGGCUCAUUGAGAAUAGGGAUUAAGAUAUGAUUUUAGGGAAUCUCAGACGGGCUGGCAUUCCCUGUGCAUGUAUGAGCUGUUGCUAUAAGGUCAUGUGACUGGCAUUUUAACAAACCUUUCAGAGCUUAUAUAUCCCAAUGUAUGUUGUUCCCCUUGAAUGGUCCCAGCAGGAUACUGCAUAGUUUUUCCAAUGAUGUUGCCGUUGGCAAGAACAUUUCUGGAACUGUCUUCAAAGUCUAGAAACAUCGACUCCUAAAAUGUUAGAACUGGAAGGGACCUUAAUGGUCAUCUAUUCUAACCUCCUCUUCUUCCUAAAGCGGAAGCUAAGAUCCAGAAUACUGACUCACUGAUCAAGGUCACUAGGGAUUUACUAUAUCACCUUCUUUUGAUUCUUAGGAGAUUUGCCCUUCUUCUUCUCUGGGCAAAUCUUUAAUCUUUUGGGGUUAUGGGAAAGAGAAUUUUGAGUUUGAAACUAGCCAGAAGCUAUUUGAAGCCUCUGGAAGAGAAGGUAGGUUGUCAAGAGGGUUGGAGUCCUAAGUGAGGUGCAGCUGGAAAGCAGUCAGAGCCAUUUUCUAGUGCAGCUCAUCGGCAGUUCCCAAAGAGAAGUUCCAGAGAUGUCGUAAGCAUUUUGGUCAUCAUUGAGAUAUGUGGAACUUCCUCAGUGACUACUUUGGUGGGGAGUGUCACUCACCUGAAUGUGUGUAUUCUGUGUUUUGUGUGUCUGUGCGUGUACACGUGCAGAUGUAUGUUUAAAAGACAUACAUCAGUCUCAUUACUUUAUAUUGACACCACUUCAGUUCUAGGUCCCACCAGUAACAUAGACCCUCCGAAGGCUGCUGGAGGGUGUGCUGGUGCCCAAGAUAGAAGAGCUGGCGCUGGUCUGCAGAGGACAGGGAGGGUGACCCACUAAACGCCCUUAGAGAAAACAAGUUACUGCCGUUUCAUGUAGUUCCUUUCUGGUUUUAGUAAAUAUUAUUGGAAGGCUAGUCUCAAUGGUAAUAGCAAAGACACUUAUUUUUCCACCUGCCAUCUUUUUUUAUAGCUCCAAUAAUUUGAAAAAAUACUUUUCAGUUGGAACUGAUUUUUGGUUUUGGGAAAAAGAAAUAUUUUUAAUAGAAAAAGAUAUAUAUUUUAAAUAUUUCCCCAAAGUAAUACUUUCGUUUUAAGAAAUUGCAUAGCAGUAGCAACAAAUUUUAGCUUCAGGUGCAGAGUAAAAAGCUACUACUUCUUCUUAAGGGAAUAUUCCAAACGCUGGAUCCAGCUGACUGACUUUCCCACUUUGUACCUACUGAGGUGCCUAGAAUGGUAUUGACAGUUGUUUUCCAAAUUUCCAGCUGAGCAGUAGUCCUUCAAAUAUAGGCCAAGCAGUUAAGUUAAGGAGGGACAAGAUUUAAUCUUUAUUCUGCUUGGCUUUGGAGGAGGAAAAAACCACUAAGGUAUUAUCUCUAUUUUAAGAUCCUUCCCAUACUUAAUAACUAAAACCUGAACACUUUUUCUUUCUGAAAAAUUUCCCUCCUGUUUGCUUGAUUGUGAAGUUGGUCACAAAUGGAGUUGACAUGAAUUCUUUGGAGAAAAGGAAAGACAAGGAAAAUAAAAUGAUGAUGAGGGUUUGUGAGCUAGAAUGAGAGAUACACUAUUUCACGAAACAUAUUUCUCACCAAUCACUGGACUCUGAUUCACCAUACAAAUUUCCCAUGUUCUACUAACUCUGUUCCUUGUGUAUAUGCAUUCUGUGUUUUUUCUCAUUAAAGGGGAAGUUAUGAGAGGUUGGAGGAUGGAGGUCUUUCUGAUGGGAAGUCCAGGAAAUGUGGUGCCCUGAGAAGGGGGCUCUCGGCCCUUUUUCAAGAGUGGGAAAGACACUUUGGGAACACGUUCAGGAUCCAUUGAUUGUAUCUGCUGGAAGAAGGCAUCUGGGCCUAUUGGGUUGGUGUCAAAUCAUGGCAUUAUGCAUCCAGCCCCUGGCUCCUUUUAUAUAAUUGCCUCUUUUUGAAAGGUUAAUUCUUCUUGGCUGAGGCUUCCCAGGAAAACCUUUUGUAGGUGGCUUCAUUUAUUUUAAAAUUUUUAAAAAUUUUGCCUGGAGGAAGCACUGGUGAUGAAUGCCUUCUGUGUUUUUCGUAUUCCCUAAAAGAAAAAUGCCCUUAAGAGAUUAAAGCUGCUUAGUUAAUUGCUGUAUGAUUACAAAAUGACAGACUGACUAAAAUGGGAAGCUGCCACUGUGCUUAACUGGUGAAGCUGAUGACCGAAGGCUGUGCUGUCCGCCCUUUCUGUUCCAUUUGACAGACAUUUCCUGAGCUUCGAACUGUGCCAACCCUGUGCUGGGUCAUGGAGAUAGAAUGAUGGAAAAGACAGUCCCUGCUGAAUGUCUAAUGGAAUGUAUUUGAAUGUGUGCAUGGCUGGAGAGUUUGUUAAUGGUCUUAUAAAAGGCCGGUUCUUUUAUAACGAUGAUCUUGGAUGGUCCCAUUCAAGAUACUGCCCAGUACCCAGCAGGCUGCCUUGAACAUUUUGGAUACCCCCAUCAAUAUUUGUGAAUUUGAUUGCAACACUGCUUUCCAUUUGCUAAGUAAUUUUACCAGAGGAGAGUGAAUUUUUUCCUCCAUUGAUUACAGGACAAUAACAUCUCUUCAGGAGCUGCUUUUAGCAUAAGCCCCAAGAAAUGAGGCAGGUUGUGGAUCACUGACAUGGUCAGAGGAGGCCCACAUCUCAAUUUAGUAACCUCCUAACCUCUUCCCCAACCAGACAGACCUCUUACCAGAACUGGCAGCAGCCUGGGAUUCCUUUCCUUAUUCCUGCCUGGCUUUUCAUUCAGCAGGAGAGGAAGGAAAGAAAAACUGAAGGCUUGAUCAUAAUCAUAAAAUGUUAGAGCUGGAAUGGGCAUGGAAGUCAUCCAAGUCAAACUCUUCCCCCUGCCACCCCUCUUUUCUUUUUUAAGAAACGAGGAACUUGAUUGAGUUUCAGUGCCGUGCCCUAUUUUAUACUGUAGCUUUCUAGGGUCUGAAUAAAUAGUUCUUUAAUUUACACACACACACACACAUACAUACAUACAUACAUACACACACAAUUUGCUAGUGAGGGGGACACCCAAAUGAUACAGGCUUUUUAACAGCUUUUUCUUCCUGAUUUUUUUCAGUUAGAAUUAAAAUGUACCUAUAUCCCCUGAACAUACACCCAGGUAGGGAAAAGCCUCAGAGUGUGAGUAAUGUGAAUAUGGAAUCUUGGAAGUUAUAUAUUUUGAUUGUAAUAGUCAUCAUUUUGGCCUGCUUUUUAGAAGUGAGCAUGGCUGCUUAUAAAUUCUGUGACUCAAUGAGAAAGCAGGUCUGUUUUUGAAGGGGGUGGAUUUGAAGGAAAGAGGCUGCCGAAUAGAUUUUCCUCCAAAGAUGAUCCAGAAAUGCAUCUUUACACGACCGUUGUCCACUGUAGCUUUCUGAAGAUUGUUCUGCAGAAAAGAGACUGACAGAUAUGCAGAGGUCACCAGUUUAGAGACUGGUUAAAUUGGAUGAAGGAAAAGUGCCAAGACUGAAUGUGCACAUUGUUCUAUGUAUUAACAGUAUUUUUUUCUUCCUAAGAAAAAUAUUUACACAGUUUGUGAGUAAAUGCUUCCUUAAUGUCUUGUCAGCGUGGGAGGCAACCUCAAACUUGGGGCAGGCUCCCUCUAGCUUUCCUGGUGUCUUAAAUCAAGAACUAGUGUUCAUCUUCCUUUCCUCUCUUAAUAAGGGUAAAAACAGGCAGUGCAUUCCUCAAAGAUCAGGCCCUGUGAGCUCAAGAGUAGCUUUUGGGCCCUGGCUCUAGAUGGCAGCAGUCAGAUUCUCCCUUCUUGGCCCUGCCCAUCCUCCAAGCUGUGCCACCAAUGGGAAAAGGCGCUCUUCCUCAGUGGGUUCAACCCUUAGCCUCCAGCAGAACACUUAAAGUCCUAAUGAGAGAAUGGAUAACUAUGCAAGGGAAAAAUGAUUAUCUUAAACGCCAGCUAAUGGGUUUUUUGUGUGCGUGCCUGAUGUUGUUUACUCUGUUCUUUGUACAAACACAGUUGUCCUUAGGGCCUUUUUCCCUCUCACCUAGAAAUAGAAAAUGGGUUGUAUAUUCGUUUUAUUCAACCUGCUGUCUGUAUUAGAAUUGGAGAAGGGACCUGGAUCCUUGUGGACUGCCACUGCUGGCUGCCUCCCUCUCCGACUCAUCAUAAAGAACAUUUUGACAAAGACAGAGGACUCAGAACAGGGCGUAUACCCUGUCAGGGAUGCUUCUGCCAACAAGGAGUCAAGUGGGAUGAUGUGUUGUUUAUUUAAACAGUACCAAAGUGCAUUCUUCAAUGUAUGUUUGCCUGCUUGAGGAGAGGCCCAAGUGGAGAAUACAGUAAAGCAAACUCAUGAAAGUGAA